CCAAUUCGACAACCACAUCCGUCGCCAUGGCCAAAUCCAAGAACUCGUCUCAGCAUAAUCAGUCGAAGAAGAACCACAGGAACGGUAUCAAGAAGCCCAAGACUCACCGUUACCCGUCGCUCAAGGGCACCGACCCCAAGUUCCGAAGGAACCACAGACAUGCUCUUCACGGCACCAUGCGCGCUCUGAAGGAGGUCAAGGAGGGCAAGCGCGAUUCGGCAUAAAGCAUCCAACGAACGAACGAGCGAUGAGGCGGCUUUCCAUUCAAAAAGAAAUAUUUUGCUGGCGUCAGUGGCAUACGGACUUCCAUGACGGCUUCGAGCCGAGGUCAGGAA